UUCACUCUCUGCAUUUAAACAUUCAAAAGGCAGGAGGAGAACAACGCUUAGGACUUGAAUCUGUCUAACCUGUGAGAAACAUGAGUAAUCAACCUCCUCUGGUGAAUGUGAAAACAUGGAUUACAGAGAACCAGAAGGCCUUUUUGCCGCCAGUGUGCAACAAGCUAAUGCACUUUUCUCAGCUGCUAAUCAUGUUUGUUGGAGGUCCUAACACCAGGAAGGAUUACCACAUAGAGGAAGGAGAGGAGUUGUUCUACCAGCUGAAAGGUGAUAUGUGUCUGAAGGUGAUUGAAAACGGCAAGCACAAGGACAUCCACAUUAAGGAAGGAGAGAUUUUUCUGCUUCCAGCUAGAAUCCCACACUCCCCCCAGAGGGAGGCAGACACGGUUGGUCUGGUGGUGGAGAGGAGACGGCUGCUGAAUGAGACCGACUGUCUGAGGUACUACGUGAACAACACCACUGACAUUCUGUUUGAGAGAUGGUUCUACUGUGAGAAUCUGGGAACUCAACUGGUGCCAAUCAUCAAAGAAUUCAUGGCAUCAAACCAGUUCAAAACAGGAAAACCUGAUCCAAAUGAGGUCUUCAGAGAGCCUCCCUUUCAGCUGAACACCAUGAACGUGAUGACGCCUUUCUCCUUCAAAGACUGGCUGGAGAGGCAGAGGCCAUCCCUCAGCAGCGGCUUCCCCGUCGACAUGUUUGGAGCUCAGUUUGAGACAGAGGUGAUGGUGUUUGGACCUGGACUGACUGAGACAGCAGUGAGGCAAACUGACGUUUGGAUUUGGCAACUGGAGGGACAGUCAAGAGUAACUAUGGCUGAGCAGGAGUUCAGCCUGUCUGCUGGAGAUAGCUUACUCAUUCCAGAGCAGAGCCAAUACCAGUGGCAGAGAGAAGACGGGACAGUUGCUUUAUUUAUCGUCCAAAAUCCCGAGAGGAAGAGAUCCUAAAAAACACCCAUGAAUACAGUCUUCAGAGAGACAUAAAUCAUUCAUUAGAUGGCAUGUUCAAGCUCAUCCCUUCCUGAAAAUAUGUCCUAAUUCCACUUUCUAUUCACUUUUGUUAAUUAUUAAGGGCUUUUUUCAGUAAAUAAUUAGCACAUUUAUUUAAAGAGACUACAUGAAAAAGUAUUUUGAGGAAGCAAAUAAAGAUAUUUUUGUUUGUCUCAACUCA